UUUAAACUCUGAAGCUUUGCUGUGACUUGGUGCUUCCCUUUACUAAAGAAGGAUUUCAGGCUAUUGAUGCUGGUAGCACUGGGAACAUAUGAGCCGCCACUCUGCUCUCAGGAAACGCAGCCAACUCCUUCCAUCACGGAGGCCCAGCAUGAAUGUGAACUGUGCCGCUGGGACAGACUGGUCAAGGAAUCAGGAGUCCAGUUGCUCUGUGGAAAACAGAACUGUAGCAGUCCACGAGGCAGAAGAAAGCAAUGUGGUGCUAGGCAGUCACAGCCCUGCAACAGCUCCCAGGAUAGAGGGUUUAGGUUCUGAAUACCGACACACUGCUUGUCCAGCAAGUCCCCAGCUCAGUAGCAUGUUGUCUGCCCCUGAGGACACCCACAACUGUCAUUUCCAAGAGGGAAACAAGAGACAGACAGAGUACUUCAGUCCCCAGGAGCGCCAUGGCUGCUGCGGCAGUUCACAGACAGCGGCUCCGGAGAAAGUGACGCUUGUGGUAGAUGGCACUCGCUUUGCAGUGAAUCCACAGAUUUUCACUGCUCACCCUGAUACUAUGCUGGGAAGAAUGUUUGGCCCAGGAAGAGAAUAUAAUUUCACCAGGCCAAAUGAGAAGGGAGAGUAUGAGAUUGCAGAAGGAAUUAGCUCCGCAGUGUUCCGGACUGUGCUGGAUUAUUACAAAACUGGAAUCAUUAAUUGCCCUGAUGGGAUUUCCAUCCCAGACCUUCGAGACACGUGUGACUACCUCUGCAUAAACUUUGAUUUCAACACAAUCAAAUGUCAAGAUUUGAGUGCUCUGUUACAUGAGCUCUCCAAUGAUGGUGCUCACAAGCAGUUUGACAGCUACCUGGAGGAGCUCAUUCUGCCCAUCAUGGUGGAUAGUGCAAGGAAAGGGGAACGUGAAUGCCAUAUUGUCGUGCUGACAGAUGAAGACACCGUGGACUGGGAUGAAGAUCACCCACCUCCCAUGGGAGAGGAGUACUCACAAAUCCUUUACAGUUCCAAGCUGUACAGAUUCUUCAAGUACAUUGAGAACCGUGAUGUUGCAAAAGCCGUGUUGAAGGAGCGGGGCCUGAAGAACAUUCGCAUUGGGAUUGAAGGGUAUCCCACCUGCAAAGAGAAGGUGAAGAGGAGGCCAGGUGGCCGCUCAGAAGUGAUCUACAACUACGUUCAGCGGCCGUUCAUCCAGAUGUCCUGGGAGAAGGAGGAGGGCAAAAGCCGUCACGUCGAUUUCCAGUGUGUUCGGAGCAAAUCUCUAACAAACCUUGUCACUGACGACGUUUCAGAGGACCAUGAGGUUAUAAUGCAUCACCCCCCACAGGUAGAUGAACUGGACAGGCUGAAUGCACCUUUCUCCCAAAUGGCUGUUAAUGAUCUACCGGAUUAGCCGUGGCUCAGGGCGGAUGGUCCUGCUUGGUGUGGGAAGGACUCGGCGGAGUUUCAUCCCAGGUGAUGGAACAGACUCCUGCAAGGUGCUUCGUCCUCACUCGUGCUCAUACCACGUUGUCAUAUUUCAAAGCAUGUUAAUAAUGAGCCACACUCUGUAGGCUAAUUGUGCAAUCAAAAGCAACAUCUGCUCAAACAAAAACAACUUCUGCUGUUUAUUUUUACUACAAAGGCUUCCAGAUUGGUGGGUGCUGAAUAUUUUAUCUAAACUUCUGAAGGAAGAACAGAAGUAUUUAGAAAUGUCUUGUUUGACCUGAGAGAGGAAGUUCUAGGCCUGUCAAGACAAAGCUUUCCAUUAGGCACUUAGCUCUGCUUUUGUGAUAAUCAGUUGCAAAGGACCGAACAUCAAAGCAGGACAGAUGAUUCUCUUUCAUCAACCAGCACAAAUGUAGCACAGUUGUGACAGCAGUGAGCCUGAAGGAAUGACAGCAGAACCCUGAGUGUGGAGGAAUCUGUUUACACUGCCACCUGGCUUUGCAUCCAGCGUGUUGCCCUGCUGUUCUAGGGAAAGAUGAACUAGAUCAGUAGGAAGCAUACACCUGCUCACAGGAAUUUCCCACAUUACUGCUGGAAUUGCUGUUUUAGGGGUGUUGUCUGUUCAGUAAAGCAAGUAGAUCAUGCUGACAAAAAGCAAAAAAGAAGAGACUGUAGUUGAUAUUUUACCAACAAAGUAAAUCUGUUCAGUAGCCUAAUAGAUGUAAGAAGCUUUCUAGAGGUACCUGUGCAUGCUAAAGACUUUCAUUUGUCUCCUCCAUCCCCUUGCUAAGACAAAACAAAAAGCCAGUGCAGACACAUCACUACCUGAGGUAGUAAAGGAUUUUACCCUUGGUCUCAUCAACCUUAAGCAGUCCAAGUUUGUGUAGACUGUCCAAGGAGCCCUCUCCUGUGUCAGCUGUAAAAGGCCAGCUACUUGCUUCCUGAUGUGGAGCUGACUGGAGGGGUUUGCUGCCAGGCAGGUAAGAAAUACCCAGCUUUCAGUAGAGAAAAAUGCACAUACCUGGGAACAACUCUCCUUUGCUGCUCUGAAUAUAUUAUCCUGGUCUGUGGUUAAGGCUCUGCUCAUUUGGGGUUCAGGGCCAACAAAGCUGUGACUGUAGGUACAGACACGGGCCAGGCUGGUUGAGCUCAGUUAGUUACACUGGAGCACAGAGUUCCUUGUAGGCUGCUUAACCCCCUGAGGAGCACACAGGGAGUUCAGUACUGCUGCACUGAGCUGCUCUGGCCAUCAGGAGGGGCUGCCUUACAAAACCAUCAUUUCUGAUGGCUGCAUAGAGGUUUUAUGUACCCAAACCAGAGUCUUGACAUGGUGCUCACAUAAGAAAAAGCUGAAACCCAUUCAAAAGAGAGAAGGAGAGAGCUCCUCUGCAAAGGUGUUAAGUUCAGGUGAGUUCUGCUCUUGCAGCUGGCUGCUAUUGAAACCUGUACCACUUAUGCAUUGAGUUACCUGGCCAUACUUGGCAAAAGAGAGGUAGGUAUCAGUCUGCCCCUAGAAGGUUUAUGCCUUUGUUGUCAGGGUUGCAUCAUCAAGUGAGUUUUUAUUACCCUCUGCCUGUCUGCAAAGUGGAUGGCAGACUUGGCAUUGGUGGUUGUUGUUACUGGUUGCUGCUAAGGAUGUUUGGGUUUGUUUCAGGUUAAGUAACACAACAGUAUCAAGCACAAAUUGUUUUCUGAGUGUCAUUUUAGUGAAGAGUAACAAAAUCUCUGCCAAGGCAUAUACUUGCUGAUAUAUUUAGUUCCCAUUUAUAUGGAUGCAGGUUCCAUUCUUUACAGUGUUUCUGUUCUUAGCUUCUUUCCUAAGUGCAGCAAAUAGAUCUCUUCUUUUUAUAAGUGCCUAUGGGAAGAUUUCCAAGAGUGCUUCAGGACCCCCUGAGAGUCCCAGGGCUUCAGCUCUGCAGGUCCACCCGACUGCUCUUGAAAAGUCCUCCCUGUUUGUCGUUGGAUCAGUACUGAGAAGUGUCCUUCAGUCUGUGCACAGUGGUGCUGUGCAAUUGCUUCCCAUUAUUGCUCUAGAUGAAUUCUAUUUUUAUAGUAGAGAAAGGCAGACCUACAGCCCAUUAACCUUCCAGCUAAGGGCCAGAGCAAACCCGUUACUUGUCUUGGUAAGGAGCUGUUCUCACAAGUGAAGCAAAGGCACUGGUGAGACUGGCCCCCAGCAGUGAUGGAGCUUCCCCAGGCUAUAUGGAUUUUCAUUUGUGUGUGUGUAUUUAUUUUAGAGCAGUGUAAGUUUGAAGUAAAUGUGUAUUGGUAUUGACCAGCUGACUGGGAGCUGGAGCUAACACGUGUUGUGCUCAAAGAACCCGAGAUGUGGGGGCUGUUCAGUCCUACAGCAGUGUCAGGGCCGAGCAUCAGAGUGCCACGUUCAGCCACAUCAAAUCCCACCCACGUCUGUCCCAAGGCCCAGCAUUAGCUCAGGCCUCUCAAAGGAUUUGGCCAGUUGGUUAGCAAUAGCCAUCUUAACUGUAACCAGCCCCUGCCUGAGGGUUAAAGACUGUCAGUGCCUGGUAGGAGCUUGUUCAUACUCUGCAUCCGUUGGACCUUCAGCAUGGGAUGGAGGGAUCCGGUUUCCAGGACUUCCAUGCAGUGUUUCCCACUUCAGAAAGCCCACUGUAAGUUACUGGCUUUCCCAAGUAAUUAAAGAUGAAUUUUGUUAGAGUGAGUUCCCCUGGAACACUGAAUCAAAUCCAAAAGGUGUGUGUUUGCUUUUCCUCCUCCUCCUGUGGUUGACUACUUCAGGUACAACAUCAAGUUUCGUCUUGUUGUGGCUCCACUGCCGUGUUACCCGUGGUGUGGGUGAGCUCCACACCUCUAUGGUUUCUGUAUUAAAAGUAUCAAUUGCAUGUGGUUU